GUGGAUGGUGAAUAAUUGAGAGGGUAAGGCCAGAAAAACUACACAGUGUUUCAGGAAGAGAGAGAGAGCUAGAUAGAGAGAAGGGGACAUUUUCAAAGGUUUUAACUAGAUAGUUUAACUUGUUUAUACAUAUUUGCGAACACACUCGGUCAUGGAGGGAGACGUGGAUGAAGAUGAUGGGACUUUUACUAACAUUUCACUAGUUGAUGAUUCAGCUGACGGAGAAGCGACAGUCCAGCGCUUCAGACCGGAGGACCAGUACAGCACCAUGAACUGUGAGAUUGAUGGAGAUAUGGAGAAUCAAGUCGAGCAAGAGGAGAAGACGAGACUCAUAAACCAAGUCUUGGAGCUCCAGCACACACUUGAAGAUCUCUCUGCGCGUGUGGACGCAGUGAAGGAGGAGAACCUUAAGCUCAAAUCAGAGAACCAGGUUCUCGGGCAGUACAUUGAGAACCUCAUGUCCGCCUCCAGCGUGUUUCAGACCACUGACACCAAAAGCAAACGAAAAUAACGUGUGGAUCACCCCUCUACAUACUCCAACAUCUCCUCUUUCCAGCAUUCAGACUACUUGCACAUACAUAUAAGCCUCUGUUUGUUUUCUUUUUAUUUUGUUGUACAAUUUACUAAUGCAUCUCUCAGCAUGGUUUGGGUAAUACUUAAAUGGACUGAGCUGCUGUCUCUCUGUGUCAGCUAACUGUGUUACAAGAUAUAAAAGGAUGCAUGUUGCGGUUUGUGAUCAGAUAAGUACAGAGCUGGUGUAAUACCACUCCUGUAUAAUUCAUUUAGCAGGUACAUAACCAAUCUCAGACCCUCUCAUUGGCUUGACAACCUUUUUAAAUACUAGACAGCUGGUUUGGAAGAUUUUUUCUGAAAAUACACUUAUGCCAAAUUUCAGCCUUUUUGUAUUUCGACUACUAACAUUUACAAUGUAAAGCAAGUACAGCUUGAACACAGAUGUAUUUCUUUGAAAAUGCAUGACAUGCCAUAACUUAAGUGCAUGAUGUAAAAUAGCUAGGGAUGGAUAACCUGAAUUAGUCCUCCCUCACUUGGCACGUGUUUUUUCUAUUGGCAAUUAUCUCAAUGACAGUUGCUCAGCUGGGGCAGAAAGUCUGCAAUUCCUGACCCAUUGGUUUAAACCAAGUAGCUCCUCAGUAUGUAACAUUAUAAGAGGCCUCUGACUCACCGAAUGACAUUUACUCACUUUCAUACUUGGAUUUAUCUUAAAAGGUCUGACUAGUGCUCAAACCCGACUUCUUUUGAGCAGAAUAAAUAGAUUGAAACCUGCUCGCAGCAUUGUGCUGGAGAGUUCACACUUCAUGGCCAUGUCCUUUGGAUUGAGGGACUUAAAAUGGAUGAAGCUUUUACUGCUUUCAAAGACUGAAGUGAGGUUGAGUCUGCAGAGUGAUAUUGAUCUGAUUGCUCCAAAGUGUCUGCUUGAGCGGCAUUUAUGAGGACCGAUGCUCUGCUCUUUGCUCAAGAGUUUGCUGAUGUGAAAUUUCACUUAACUAUGAAUCAUUGACAUGACACUGAAGCAUCUGCAGCGACACUACAUAAUCGGUUUAAUAUUAUCUUCAUGAAAAUUUUCAGUCAUGUAAUUUAUGUUUGCAAGCACCUAAUGUAAAGCACUGCCUGUUCUAAAAGUGCACAUUUUAUUUUGUUACAAUUAUGCUUUUAAUAAAAUACCUUGCCUUUGCACAAA